GGGUGUGGCGGGGGCGGGCGCGGCGCCCGGGGGCAGGGCUCCGCAGUGAGAGGCGGCUGGACUCGCCCGGCUGCGAGGGACAGGGCGCACAGCCGCAGUGCCGUAGUAGCCGGCGGCCGGGAGCCAAGCUCGGAGCCUCAGGCCCCCGCGCAAAGGCGGAAGCCCCGGAGCUGCGGGCCCCCAGCCCCGCCGCCGGCUCUCGGCGGCGCUCACCGGCCCCUCCCCUGAGAGGGCUCCGCGGGCGGGAAGACGCCCAGACGCCAGCUUCGGUCCCCUUUCUGUCUCUCAGUUCCUCUUUCCUCCCAAGUAAGGGAAUAAGCCGCGAGGAAGCAGCGCCCAGGGCAACCGCGCAACUCAGGGUUGCUUGGGAGGACGAGCCAGGGCUUCUGGAUCUACGUUGACCGCAGACAGGAGGAUGUUGCCUAAGGAAUAGCACGAGAGUUUCCACACGUGCUGAGACUGGCCAGCUGCUGCCAUGGACACGUGGGUCCUCUGAGCUGUCUCCUGACUGCACACCUGUGAUGAGCCAGGCCCUGGGCCAGACCUCUGCCUCCCCCUGGUGAACAGAACUCCAUCCCUGGCCUCCAGGCGUUCACCCCCACAGUGCAAAUAUGAGUGAAGAACGGUGGGUCUCUCUUACUCCGGAAGAAUUUGACCAGCUCCAGAAGUACUCAGAAUAUUCCUCCAAGAAGAUUAAGGAUGUCUUGACUGAAUUUAACGAAGGUGGGAGCCUCAAACAAUAUGACCCACAUGAGCCGAUUAGCUAUGAUGUCUUCAAGCUGUUCAUGAGGGCGUAUCUGGAGGUGGACCUUCCUCAGCCACUGAGCACACACCUCUUCCUGGCCUUCAGCCAGAAGCCCAAGCAGGAGCCCCCGGACCACCCAACGGAGGGGGCUAGCAGCAGUGAGCCCAACGGCCCAGAUCCUGAUAUACAGAACGUAGAUAAUGCUGCCCAAGCAGACAACGCCUGUGCCUCUGAUGCUGAAUCAAAGAUGGCCGAGAAGCAAGCAUCAGCUAAAGACCAGGUGUCUGUGACCUCCCUGGGAGCCCCUGCUGAUCAGUCUUCAGGCUCAGAACUGUCCACCGUGUACCUGAAAGACGUUGUGUGUUACCUGUCCCUGCUGGAGACAGGAAGACCUCAGGAUAAACUGGAGUUCAUGUUUCGUCUCUACGAUUCAGAUGAGAAUGGUCUCCUGGACCAAGCGGAGAUGGAUUGCAUUGUCAACCAAAUGCUACAUAUUGCUCAGUACCUGGAAUGGGAUCCUACAGAGCUAAGACCUAUAUUGAAGGAGAUGUUGCAAGGGAUGGACUACGACCAGGACGGCUUUGUGUCUCUGCAGGAAUGGGUACAUGGAGGGAUGACCACCAUCCCACUGCUGGUCCUUCUGGGCAUGGAUGACUCCGGCUCCAAAGGGGACGGCAGGCAUGCCUGGACCAUGAAGCAUUUCAAGAAGCCGACCUACUGCAACUUCUGCCACAUGAUGCUCGUGGGCGUUCGGAAGCAAGGCCUCUGCUGCAUCUACUGUAAAUACACUGUCCACGAACGCUGUGUCUCCAAAAACAUUCCUGCGUGUGUCAAAACGUACUCAAAAACCAAAAAGGGAGGCGAGGUGAUGCAGCACGCGUGGGUGGAAGGGAACUCCUCCGUCAAGUGUGACCGGUGCCACAAAAGUAUCAAGUGCUACCAGAGUGUCACCGCGCGGCACUGCGUGUGGUGCCGGAUGACGUUUCACCGCAAGUGUGAGUUAUCCACGGUGUGUGACGGCGGGGAACUCCGAGACCACAUUUUGCUGCCCACCUCCAUAUGCCCCGUCACGCGGGACAGGCAAGCCGGCAAGUGUGACAGCAGUGUGCCCGCCAAGGGUGAACUUGUAACCCAGGAGGACACUUUAUUUCCGGCCUCUGGAGUUACCUUUGACUGCCACACUUAUAAGAUCAUCCCCACUCCAGGAACCCACCCCCUGCUGGUCUUGGUGAACCCCAAGAGUGGAGGGAGACAAGGAGAAAGAAUUCUCCGGAAAUUCCACUAUCUGCUCAACCCCAAGCAAGUCUUCAACCUGGACAGCGGGGGGCCCACCCCAGGAUUGAACUUUUUCCGAGAUACCCCCGACUUCCGGGUGUUGGCCUGCGGAGGCGACGGCACGGUUGGCUGGAUCCUGGAUUGCAUUGAUAAAGCCAACUUUGUGAAGCACCCACCAGUGGCUGUCCUGCCUCUUGGAACUGGAAAUGACCUUGCCCGGUGUCUCCGCUGGGGAGGAGGCUACGAAGGGGGCAGCUUGACGAAGAUCCUCAAGGACAUCGAGCAGAGCCCCUUGGUGAUGCUGGACCGCUGGCACCUCGAAGUCAUCCCCAGAGAGGAGGUGGAGAAUGGAGACCAGGUCCCAUACAGCAUCAUGAACAACUACUUCUCCAUCGGCGUGGAUGCUUCCAUUGCUCACAGAUUCCACGUGAUGAGAGAGAAACACCCUGAAAAAUUCAACAGCAGGAUGAAGAACAAGCUGUGGUACUUUGAGUUCGGCACCUCAGAGACUUUUGCAGCCACCUGCAAGAAACUCCACGACCACAUAGAGUUGGAGUGCGAUGGGGUUGGAGUGGACCUGAGUAACAUCUUCCUCGAAGGCAUUGCCAUUCUCAACAUUCCCAGCAUGUACGGAGGCACCAAUCUCUGGGGAGAAACCAAGAAGAACCGGGCUGUGAUCCGGGAAAGCAGGAAGGGUAUCACUGACCCCAAGGAACUGAAAUUCUGUGUCCAAGACCUUGGCGAUCAGCUCCUGGAAGUGGUGGGGCUUGAGGGAGCCAUGGAGAUGGGACAGAUCUACACCGGCCUGAAGAGCGCGGGCAGGAGGCUGGCACAGUGCUCCUCUGUCACCAUCAGGACUAACAAGCUGCUGCCGAUGCAGGUGGAUGGGGAGCCCUGGAUGCAGCCCCGUUGCACGAUUAAAAUUACUCACAAGAACCAAGCACCCAUGAUGAUGGGGCCUCCCCAGAAGAGCAGCUUCUUUUCGCUGAGAAGGAAGAGCCGUUCAAAAGACUGAACAGUGCGCCAUAUGCCAGCUAACCCAGGAGAGAAAGCCAGUAACUGUAACUACACACACACACACACACACACACACACACACACUCGCACUCACAUUCUUCUCUAACCACUGGACCCACAAGAAGAAAAUGUCACCUUGCCGUACAUUCUACCCAUUUUAAUGAUGGCUGCCCCCCCACCGCAGCCAGCGCCAACAGGACAUUUGGACUGGACUCGGGGUCCCCCAGCAGCGUGGCUGGCUUCCACAGCAGCUUCCACAUUGCCACAGGCCUGGAGUCAGACUCCCGGAGACUGAAAGAGAAGGCUCCCUCGCGUUCCGGCAGCCCUGCGAUGUCCUCUCGGGUGCUCGUGGAGGGCGGCCUGCAGGUUUCCUGCCUGUGGUGAGAUCGGAUGUGGUCAAGGGAGGGAGCUCCGGGCUGCUGAGCACCUGCACAAAGCUCCCUCUGUGCAGGGCCGCGGCGGCCGCCAGCGCUCAGCGCAGCAUCCCUGGCAGGGCGCGGCCAGCGCACGUUGGCUUCUUGGUUGUCCUCUGAGCGACAACUGCUCCCUGGACUCACUGAGGAGGCAGGAAGGCUGUGGAGAGCUGGGUCGCCAUGCCUGGUUCCCUGCGCUGUCACCGGCCGCUUGUUAUGCAGCCCCCAAGCCUUCUCCUGGUGGCUGUGUGUUUGGAGCCGGCUCCGAGAGCCCCAGAGCUGCCGGCGCAGCACACCUCAGACGUGGUAUUUAUUUUCUUAGGCCUGUGAACACCUGGGAGGGAAAGCGGAGAAAUGGAGAUUUAUUUUUCAAAUUGUGUCAUAAUAUUGUGCAAAAGGGGAAGAAAAGAAAAUACCACCCCCAGCUUCUUUCUUUUGCAAGCCAAAGCGUGUUUCCUGUUUGAGUUCCAGGCCCUGGCGGCAGACCGUUCUGAGACAGAGAAGAUGCAAGGCAGGGGACUUUGCUGGGAAAACCGGGAGACAGCGCAUCCGAUGGGGCUCCCUCCUGCUCCUCUGCACUGCCAUUGCCAUUGCCAGAGUAGGACCCAAAGGGCCCUCUGAAGGUCUAACGUGUGUAUAUAUGUAGCAUAUAUAUUUAUAUAUAUGAAUAUUUAUUUACUGAUGGACUUUUCCAGACUGAGAAAAGAAACUUGACGAUAAUCUAGGAACAGUAAGUGGGAAAGAAAAGAAGGUUCUUAUGCCUUCCCCCUCCACCAUUUCAUUGUCAAGACGACAUAAUACCCUGUGGUAGUCAUAGGGUUUAAGGAAAAUGAAAAUAGCCCCUUAUCACGAAGAGAUGAAGAACUGCUAGUCUAAAUCCUCGAAACAAUCUUGAGAUAAAUGCCGGGCAGGAUUUACUCUCCCAUUCAUCAGCUAAGGAAGCCGAGUCUCGGAAGGUAAGAGACUUGUCCGUGUACCUUGGCUAAUGGGGUUUGAGAGUAGAUGACACUGAGAAGAUGAUGCAGAGAGAAAAGAACCCACAUGUCUUGGAACCAGGUCAUUUCUGGUCGCUGAGAAGUCGUUGCCCUUGGACCCAGUUUCCAGGGAAGAAGGAAUGCGGGGACAGGACAAGCCCUCGCUGCUUCCUGGAGGUCGUGUGUGGCCUGCACUGGAGAGAAGUUGGGCUGAGGCUGAAGGCACUCAAGAGAUCAUCCAAUUGAACUCUUCGCUUGUUUUUCACCACGGUCAUCACAGCCUCUUAGUUUGGGAACACACCUGGCUGCAGGGAUGACCGCAGUGGAGAGUCACAAGGAGGACUGAGGCCCCUUGCUCACGGUGCCAGCAGCCAGGACACAGAGGUCUGGGCAGAGCUCAGUGGGCUUCAUUCAGCCAGUGCCGGCAGUACCUUCCUUUCCCAAGGGCAAGUCUGUGCAGAGCUUCACUGAUAGAAAGCAACAUUGCCUCAGCCCCUUUGCUCACACAGGGCCUCCAUCCGUCUCUGCAAUGCCGCAGGAGGAAACAGGGGCCCUCUCGAUGUCAGUCCACAGUGCUGCAUCUCAUCUCCUUGCAUUGGGCCAGGAGCUCCCGACCAGGCAGGGAGUAUUCAGAUUGUAUAAACCGAGCGUAUCUCUGAAGGAAGCAGUCGUCCGGGAUCACCAAGGACUGAGAUCUAGAACCAUCCUGUUCAACCUGCAAGUGCAGAAUACCAGGCCAGGGGAAACCAGACCCUCCAUAGAAUAUCCUGAUGGCACCCUUGGUGAAGGCUCCAGCAAGUUCCAGAGUGACUGCAGGUACUAUCUUGGAAGCCACGUGAUUCUGAAGCUGAGGCAGGCUCAGAUUUGCAGUCACUGAUUCGAAGACAUGCCUGGAAGGUGCUGUGCGGAUUUCAGCCCUGAUCCCACAGGUUUGAGGCUGUUGAGGCACGGCACCAUCAGCGGGUGAACUUGAGUCUCGAUUCACCAGUCUUAGGAAGGGUCCACGCGAGACUGGGCCCCUACAAGCCAGUGCACAGGACUCGCAUUGUGGCUUGAGAAAUACAUCCCUCGUCCUCCUCAGAGGCACAGGGGGUGACAAACUCCAGUGGAAUUGCACAUCCACUUUAAUAUC